GACAACGAGGGGAACCCAGACUUUCCCAUGGCCUCUCUGUACGUGGGCGACCUGCACCCCGAGGUGACCGAGGCGAUGCUGUACGAGAAGUUCAGCCCGGCCGGGCCCAUCCUGUCCAUCCGCAUUUGCAGGGACAAGAUCACCCGCCGCUCCCUGGGCUACGCCUAUGUCAACUACCAGCAGCCGGUGGACGCCAAGCGGGCCCUGGAGACCCUCAACUUCGACGUCAUCAAAGGCAGGCCGGUGCGCAUCAUGUGGUCCCAGCGGGACCCCUCGCUCCGCAAGAGCGGGGUGGGCAACGUCUUCAUCAAGAACCUGGGCAAGACCAUCGACAACAAGGCGCUCUACAACAUCUUCUCAGCCUUCGGCAACAUCCUGUCCUGCAAGGUGGCCUGCGACGAGAAGGGCCCCAAGGGCUACGGGUUCGUGCACUUCCAGAAGCAGGAGUCGGCCGACCGCGCCAUCGAUGCCAUGAAUGGCAUCUUCCUCAACUACCGCAAGAUCUUCGUGGGCCGCUUCAAGUCGCAUAGAGAGAGAGAGGCCGAGAGGGGCGCCUGGGCCAGGCAGUCCACCAGCGCUGACGUCAGGGAUUUCGAGGAUGACACCGACGAGGAGGCCACCUUUCGAUGAAGAUAUCCCAGGAGCCACCCAGUAGAGCCGAGCCCUGGCUCCC